AUGGCGUUGCCGCCCUCUCUCAAGAAAGGCUUCCACCUCAUGUUACCAAACUCGCCCCAUCCCAAAAAUACCCUCCGUGCUGUCCCUGGUCUCUGCUCCCUAAUCGUGCCUCUAUCCUUUAGUAGGGGAACCCUGACAGAAAUUGCAUGGGGUGUGCUGGAAGUUGCUGAUGACAUUAUAAUCCUUAAAAAGAUAGAAACUACCUGUGUGGAAGACAUCAAGAAUAAAAAACAGAACAAUAAAAAACCUACAGCUUCAAAACAGCGAUCAAAUGCUCAUAGACAACGCAGGCAGAAAGGGUGCACAAAAUUCCAAAACAAGCUUGACAAAAAAGUUGAUGAUCAAAAAUCACAUGAAGAACCUUCUGGAGCAAAGUCUGGACAAAGCCCUUUAAGUAAGCAGCCUUCAAUUGAGCAGGAGAAGUGCAAUGACAAUAAGAAGACCCAGUCAGAGAGGAAUCAAGGCCAAUCGGAAGAAAAACAGCAUCAAUCAGAAGGAAAUCGAGGCCACUUAGAGAGAUCUCAUAGCCGAUCAGUGAGAUCUCUUGACAAAUCCAAGAGAUCUCAUGGUCAAUCAGAGAGAUCUCGUGGCCAAUCAGAAAGAUCUCAUGAGCAAUCAGAGAUAUCUCAUGGUUGCUCAGAGGGAUCUCGUGGUCGCUCAGAGGAAUCUCAUGGUAGCUUGGAGAGAUCCCGUGGUCAUUGGAGAGAUCUAAUGGUCAUUCAGAGAGAUAUCAUGAUUAGUCAGAGAGAUAUCAUGGUCAAUCAGGGCGAUCUUAUGGCCAAUCAGAGAGAUAUCGAAGAUACUCACCAGGAGGAAGAUUCAAAUCAUCACCAGAAACUGAGUCUGAAUUUGACAGGUAAAAAUACAAAGAAUACUUAA